GUCUUCCCAACCUUCGGUUCUGGAUACCUUUAACGGCAGGACCACGAUCCUUAGGGCCCGUCUUUACACAUCGAAACUCCAUGUUUCAAAACCUGGCAUGAUCACACGAUUCAUGGAUUGGUAGUAUAUAUCUCCUUGUGUCAGCAGACCGUUUGCGGAAUCAUUCCUUAUAUUCUUGGUUGUUUGGUCUCUGUUUUCACUACAAGAGGAUAUUGCAUUUAUCUGACCACUAUUUCUUACAUUGCUUUCAGCGAAGUAUAGACCUUUAACAAAGAGUCAAGGGCGGUCAGCACGAAGAACAGAACUCUGACAUAGAUAUACCAACCGAAGACUUACCACGCCUUAUACUUGACAAGUCCUUUCGAAUCUUCGGCCGGACAGUCUAUCUAUAUAUCUAUAUAGCAACUCGCAGAUUCAUUCACAAUAACAGACCAGACGAUUCGACGAAAUGGGAGAAAAUGCCCCCGAAGAACAAGUCCUAGUCGACUACCCAGACUCGAAAUCUCCAUCUCUGUACCUCAAGAAUCCCACACAAGAAGAGAAAGUCGCAACCUGGAGCAUCAAUGCCGCCAAUUGGGGUAAAGCACUGUCCGAACCCGACUACCUCGAACGAGAAGCAUACCUCACGACCGUACCUUUAGCCAAGGAUAACGGCGUAACACAUUGGAUCCUCGUUGACCGCAAUCUACCUCCCAACGAGCGCUCUAUCCUAGCAUCCUGCGAAUCUCUUCGAAAGCCAGUCCUCGUCUCACACAAUGGAGUCGUCACAGAAGGCAUCACACAUGGAAUUGGCAGCGUAUUCUCCCAGCCCAAGUUCCGAGGCAAGGGAUAUGCUACCCGCAUGCUGAGAGAACUAGCACCAAUCCUCAAGACAUGGCAAACUGAUCCCAACAUCCCAGGACGAGAAACCUGCCCCUUCAGCAUCCUAUACUCAGACAUCGGUACAAAAUACUACUCCAAGUUCGGCUGGGAAGUCCACCCCAGCACCCACGUCGCCCUCCCACCAUCCUCUUCCCCUUCCUCCUCCUCAGCAAAGACCUUAUCCUACACCGACCUCCCACCCCUCUGCGCCCUCGACGAACAAACCCUCAGAACCCAACUCUCCCAAACAAGCGACAACAAGACCCAUGUCGCCCUCCUACCCAGCUACGAACAAAUGCAAUGGCACCACAAACGCGAAGACUUCGUAACCUCGAAAAUCUUCUCCAAAUCCCCCACCAUCAAAGGCGCCAUCUGCGAUUCUCCCGGUUCUCGCGUCUGGGCCAUCUGGACACGAGCCUACUACGGCCCUCUGAAGCCUGAAUCGGGGAAUACGCUGCAUAUUCUGCGUCUCGUGCUCGAGGAUGAGAGAGAUACUCAAGAGAACGUCGAGAGUUUGAAGGCUGUGUUGCAGAUUGCGCAGCGAGAGGCGGAGGAGUGGAAGGUGAGUGAGGUAGACGUCUGGAAUCCGAGUCAAGUGGUUAGGAGCUUGGUGAGGAAGACGGGGUUGGAGCAUGAGGAGGUGGAGAGGAAGGAGGAGAGUAUUGCUAGUCUGAUGUGGUAUGGGGAGGGAAAGGGGACGGCGGAUGAGAUUCGGUGGGUUGCUAAUGAGAAGUUUGGAUGGUGCUGAGAGAGAAGACUUGGAUACAGACGACUUUUUAAUGAUUUAUAUGAAGAAAAUUCAUGUUUCACAGAUUGGAUUUUAUCUAUCGUCCACUUGGAAGGAUUCCCCUAUGGAUAUUUCCCAAACCAGAAAAAAA